CUCACAAUCAGACGGGUGUGCAGUGAGGCAGCUGGCGUAGCUGAGACCUCAAUCCUGCCCUUAGAGCAGAGGCAAACAUGGCCCUGCAAUGGAUGUUUCUCCUGCUCCUCACACCUCUGCUGGCAAUAGAAAAUCGUGGUAAGCCCCAUACCAACAAUGACGGAAAACCCCAGGAAACAGGAAAAUGUAAAGCUCCCUCCGACUGGGACCCCAAACUGCGAUUUAACCCGAAAAAGGACUUUUAUGCUUUGAAUGAAGUCGUGCAGCUCAGCUGUGCUGGAAAGAAAUUUGCUGGGAAGCCUGCUGGGAAGUCUGCUGGGAAGUUUGCUGGGAAGUUUGUGCCAUCCACCCCAGAGAUCCAAUGCAUUUCCAGAGGAGCCCUGAUGCUGUGGAAUGAGACUGCCACUUGCAAGGAGAGAUGCCAUCAGCCCCAAUGGGACUCACAGCUCCAGUUUAGCCCAAACCAGACAUUUUACUGGGUCAAUGAAGAGGUGACACUGAGCUGCUUUGUGAAUGACACUCUUCCCCUUGCUACGAUCAGAUGUGCAAACAGGACUUCUCCAAACUGGAAGGAUGCUUGGGAUAUGUUGGACAAUGGGGGAAUAUGGCACAGGUUGGCAGAGAACCUGAGCUGCACCAUGGCAAAAUGCCCAAAACCUCAGUGGGAUGCAAGACUUCAGUUACCAGAGAACAAAACUGAAUACCCACAGAACAGAGAACUGACACUGACCUGUCCCGAAGGUCUUGAACCCUCCUUCCCCGAGGUCAAAUGUACAAAGGAAUUUCAGGGAGUGAGUUCUGGAAAACCAGUCUAUGUGCAUGCCUGGUGGGGCAGGAACACCACAGAUGCCUGGAUGCACAUUGAGAGGGAUGUCCAGUGUAUGGAGGUCCUCCAAGUUGACCCCAAGACCUUUGAGAUUUCCAGCACCAGCAUCAAACUGAAGUGGACCUGCAGGUUCCCUGAUGCCUGCCAGGGCAUGAGGGCCAUGUGCCGGCUGGCAGAGCCUUCCUCCCCUCCCUGUGAGCCUGAGGAGGUGAAGGGAGAGCAGAUGUUACAUGGCCAGGAGGGAACAUUCACCUGCUCCCCUUUGCAGCCCUUCACUGAGUACAGUGUCACCAUCGGCUUGCCCCCCAACACAACCCUUUUCUCAUGGUUGUUCACGACACAGGAAGCAGUGCCGGACAAACCCGAGAAGCUGUGGCUGGAUCCCAACAGGGGCUCUCUCAGGUGGAACUCGCUGUCCUCUUGCAACGGGGAGAUCAUUGGAUACCAGCUGAGCAUCACAGCCAGGAACGCAGGCGACAGCAGCGUGCUGGAGACGGAGCGCCUGCGGCUCAAUGGCUCCGUCACUGAGCACCGGCUGCCGGAGCACGGCCCCGGCAGCAGCUACGCCGUGGCCAUCCGGGGACUGACGGCUGCCGGAGCCGGGCCUGCCUUGACGAGGGAGUUUCCCCCCGGCAGCUCCGACGCCCCGCGUCCCCAGGGCAUCAUCGGCUGCCGCAGCGCCCGCGACAUCGCCGCGUCCCACGGGACGGCCGUGCUUCCCCUGCGCCCCAUCGCCCGGGCCUCCGAGGCGGCCAGGGAGCACCAGCUGAUCGUGGCCGCCACGCACAACGCCUCGGUGAUCGAGAGCAUCUGCUCGGGGCAGCCGCAGCUCUUCAACGCCACCACGUACCUGGCCGCCGUCCUCAACCUCACCGCCCCCACGGACUUCGUGCUGGGCGACGGCAGCCGCGGGCAGGGCCAGCACAACGCUGCCCUGCGCCCGGGCUGCGACUACACGGCCCUUCUGCGCCUCGCCCGCCUCUCGCCGCAGGCAGAGAAGUUCACCUGUGUCUGCUACAGCUUCUCUGUUGGGCAAGAGCUGCCAUCUCUGAUGGACAGGAAGCCUGUGGUUAUGGCAUUAGCACUGACUGUUGCAUUCCUGGCACUGGGGAUUUUGCUGCUUUUUCUGGUCUUCAGGCUAAAGCACAACAGUUCAAAUGCCUCGGAGAACAACAGUACCAUACCCCUGAGAGGAUGUCAAAAAGAUGUAUGCAAGCCAAACACACAGAUCCUGGUGGAGGAACUGCUGGAGGCUCUGAAGAUGUUUAAGAGGGAAGAAAUAGAGGCAGAGCAGACAGAUGAUGAAUCAGUCGACAGGCAUGGUGCUGGGCUUCUUAGAGAAUAUCAGCAAUUGUCCUCCACUUUGUUGCACCCCUGCAAUGCUGGGAAGGAGCUAUGUAAUCAAAACAAGAAUCGCUACAAGAGCAUCAUCCCAUAUGAUCACUGCCGUGUGGUGCUGCAGCCCUCUGACCCUGGGAAUGGCUACAUCAAUGCCAGCUAUGUGGAUACCUACCGAAGUCCACGCUUCUUCAUUGCAGCUCAAGGCCCCUUGGCUGAGACAGUGGUGGAUUUCUGGCACAUGGUCUGGCAGGAGAAGACCUCAGUCAUUGUGAUGCUGACAGGCUUGAUGGAGCAGAACAAGAUCAAGUGUGAGCAGUAUUGGCCAGAGCAGGAGCAGGUCUAUGGUGACUUCACCGUGACACUCAACAACACCUGGACCACCACAGGCCUUGUCAAACGCAUCUUCUGCCUGCAGAAGGCAGGCUGUGCUCUCCCAAGAGCAGUGGAGCAGUUUCAUUACCUGCUGUGGCCGGACCACGGGGUGCCCAGAAACCCAUCCCAGCUCCUGUACUUGGUGGAGGUGGUGAACAAGAGGGUGUUGGAAGCACCUGCUGGACCCGUGCUGGUGCACUGCAGUGCAGGGAUCGGGCGCACGGGUACCUUCAUCGCCCUGGACUUCCUCUUGAAGAUGGGGAAGACUGAGGGGAAAGUGGAUGUGUUUCACUGUGUGCAACAGCUGCGGGAGCAGCGGGUCAGCAUGGUGCAGACCAAGGAGCAGUACAGCUUCCUGUACGAGGCACUUCUCGAAGGCUUGCUCUGCGGCAACACCGGGGUCCCUGUGGAGAGCAUCGCCACCCUUGUCCACUCCCUUCGAGAAGAUGAGACCUCAGGCCACAACAGUGUCCUAAAGAAGGAGUUCAAGGCCCUGCAGAGAUUUUCUGAGUUGUUCCAGCUCCUGCCAUGCAGAGAAGCAGAGAAACCCAGAAACCAACCCAAGAACCGCAAGCCAGGGAUCUUGCCAGCGGACUCCUGCCGGCCCAUCCUGAUGUCCUCGGUGAACGCAGACGGCUCGCCAGCUUACAUCAACGCCGUGUUUGCCAGCACAUACACCGAGGAGGAGAGAAUCAUCAUAACCCAGCUGCCGUUCCCCACCACGCUGGUGGAUUUCUGGGCUCUGGUCUGGGAUUACACUUGCACAUCGGUAGUCGUGCUGAAUCAGCUCCAGGAGCUGGACAAGACAUACGUGCAGUUCUGGCCCACUCAGGACGAAGAUGACUAUGGCCGUUUCCAUGUCCAGCUGAUCUCAGAGGAGCCUGGGGCUGGCUUCACAACCUGGACACUUGUCCUCAGCAAUAGGCAACAGCCCAAGAAAUCUGCAGUGGAAAUCCAGUUACAUCAACUGACGGACUGGCCCAUGCAGCAGCAUCUUCCCCCACACCCUGACACCAUCAUCAGCUUGCUAGGGAAGGUGGAGACACACCAUCGGCAGAGCCAAGAUGGACAUAUCCUUGUCACUUGCUGGGAUGGAGCCAGCCGGAGCGGGAUCUUCUGUGCUGCUAGUUUCCUAUGUGAGCAGAUCCAAAGUGAGGGGAUGGUGGAUGUAUCCCAGGCUGUGAGGAUGCUGAAGAGGCGGCGGAGACAGUUCAUUAAAGAUGUGGAACAGUAUGGGCUCUGCUAUGAACUAGCCCUCAGUUACUUGAAUUCAUUUGAAACCUAUGGGAAUUUCAAGUAGGGGCAUGACCGCUGCCUAUCUCUGGAUGGGACUUUGACUCCCUGGACAGCCCUUCAUCAGUAACAGUGGAAGCAAGAGGAAACAAAAGGGAUGUGCAUGACCCCAAGAUGCUUCACUCCCCUGAAAAAACACUCCAAGGGUCCUCUGUGAGAACACAGAGGCUGGACCGUCUCCAAAUUUUGACCAGGCAUUGAAACAGGAACCUGACCCACUGCCCAGUAUUUGUGCAGGAACUUAUCUGGAAUCACAGCAUGAGUAUCCAGACCAGAGCAGAGGCACCAGGACUUCACCUAUCCUUCCUUGCCAAGGAUGAAGAGAACAGCUGUCUUAUUCAGGUUCCCUUGUCCCCUCAGGUAGCCCCAAGGAAAGUGGGGUAGCACCCACACCUACAUUGUGUUUGAUCAGGGAAGUCUCAAACUGCUGUAAGAUCCAUGGUGCCCAGGAGCACACGAUAUCUGUCCUACUUUGGGAGAAGCAUGAAGCCCAAAGUAAACAAGAGCCAAGAGUGGGACAACCCAUGGUGUUGCAGGGCUAAACUAGACCUUCAAACCCCACAUAAUAUUUUCCUGGGGCUGCAUCUUCCUGGUGCUGCUCCAAGUGUCACUGCCCUACCAGCUCCACAGAGGCUCUCUCAUCAGCCUGUCUGGCUGCACCAUGGCAAUCCCAGGUUAUAGUGGCUCAACAUGAAUAUCCUGGAUAUGGUUCAAGCAGCGCCACAGAGAGAGGUUCUGCCUUUGCUGCUCAAAGGCAGAAGAAUUCAGAAUCAGGAGUGACCCCACAGCUCUCUGUCCUGUGUCUCACCAAUAAAGACCAUAGUG